AUGACCACAUUUUAUUUUCAUCCUCUUCUUUCUCUCUCCUACUUGUACGAUUUUUAUGUAUACUAUUCCUCUGUUCCACAGCUUACAUAAACCACGACUCCUUCCCCUUUUCUUCUUCAUCAAAUUUGUUUAAUUUUGAAGUUAUUUCUGUAAUUUCGUUUUUUUUUUGUUUUGGUUAUAAUUUGAUUCUUCCAUCAUGAAAAGAAAGGGGAUUGAAGAAUUAGAUGAUCAAAACAGGCCGAUUGAUAGACUCCCCUUUGACCUCUUGGCACACAUUUUUGCUAUGCUUACUUGUUUCAAGGAUUUGGCUCAGACCAGUGCUGUGUGCAGGAAAUGGAGACAGGGGGUGAAGGAGUCGUUAGCUAGAAGAGAAAAAAUGAGUUUUUCUGGCUGGAAAGUGGAUGAUGAUUCAACUACUCGCCUCGUGCUUCAUGCUUACAGUCUCAAGGAACUUGACAUUUCGAGGAGCCGCUGGGGUUGUCAAAUAACAGAUCGUGGGCUGUACCAAUUGUCAACUGCUAAAUGUGUUAGCAAUCUAUCAUCACUAUCUUUAUGGGGAACUACUGGGAUCACUGAUACAGGUGUUGUUCAACUGAUCUCCAGAGCUAAUUCUCUACAGCAUCUGAAUAUUGGUGGUACAUUUAUAACAGACACAUCCUUGUUUGCUAUUGCUGGUAGCUGCCCACACUUGAAGUCUAUUGUGCUGUGGGGCUGCCGUCAUGUAACUGAGAAUGGGCUUCUAGCUUUGGUUAAUAAGUGUCGCAAACUAGAGUCUAUCAAUGCAUGGGGCAUGAGGGUUACCGUGGACUGCUUUGUUGGCCUACUCACUAUUAGCCCAGCUCUACAAAUAGAACCUAAAGGAAUGCUGCCUAAUAUUGCUGUCUUUUGAGGAGCCUUUAAGUUCCUGUGUGACCUUUGUCUUUGAAGGGCCAUCCACCUGAAUUGUUAUUGCAUUAUAUCUUGUGUACAGCUUGUCAAUUGUUUCAUUGACCAAUAAUGCUUUGUACAGAUUGCUUUUCUGCUUCUCCUUUGUAUUUAUUUGGACAUUGCCUGCUGCAGGGCUUCUGAAAAGUUCCGAUCUGCUAGUAAUUAUUAAAAUUCCAUUUCUCCUUGUCAGAUG